AUGCCAUACCUCAACCCCAGAGCACCAUCACCAUCGCCCCCAGUCACGCCUAAACAUCCACCAAAUGCCUUCGAGAAUCUCGUCCAAGAUCUCAGCGCCGCUCUCGGUCCAAGCUCCGGCCUGGAUUCUUCCGACGUCAAUCCACUCGACAUCCAGCGCCUGAUGGAACAGUACGUCUCCGAUCCCGUCGACUGGUCCCCGUUUGCCCUGGGCGACUACAGCGGGGGGUAUACACGGAACCUCAUCGACGAGGGAAACGGCAAAAGCAACUUGUUGAUCCUGGUUUGGAGCCCCGGCAGGGGGAGUGCGAUCCACGGCCAUGCCAAUGCGCAUUGUGUGAUGAAGAUCCUCAAAGGCUCGCUCCAAGAAACCCUGUACACAUGGCCUGACCAGGAGAAGGUGCAGCGUGGGCAGCUAUCCUCCCCGCGGGUCAUCAGGGAGACAAUAUACGAAGAGAACGAGGUAACGUACAUGUCUGAUGAGCUCGGUCUGCACAAGAUCUCGAAUCCGGAUCCUGACAACGCCGCUGUCUCGUUGCAUCUCUAUACGCCCCCAAAUGCAGCUACGUAUGGGUUCUACUUGUUCGACGAGAAGACCGGCAGGGCGAGUCAUAUUAAGCAGACCAACUUCUAUUCGAUUAGAGGGGAGAGGUGCUGA